ACUGGUAAAAAGUAACCAAAAAACCAAAUUAAAGUAGCUAUGGCAGUGGCAUUGAUCCACGGUUCAUUCGUCUUUGGCCUAGUCCUCCUGCUUGUUUGCAGCUCUGUAAUGUUGAGCAGCAUAGCUAACACUAGACCAUUUCACUUCGACGUUUCGUCCCUGAAUCGGAGCAGUUUCCCGGAGGGUUUCAUAUUUGGCACAGCUUCUUCGGCUUACCAGUAUGAAGGCGCUGCAAGAGAAGGAAAGAUAAAGGACGGCAGCAGCGGGGAUGUGGCUAUUGAUGCAUACCAUCGCUAUAAGGAAGAUGUGGGAAUUAUGAAGGAAAUGAAUUUAGAUGCCUAUAGAUUCUCCAUUUCAUGGUCUAGAUUAUUGCCAAAUGGAAAACUUAGUGGGGGAGUGAAUAAAGAAGGAAUCGAGUAUUACAACAACCUCAUCGAUGAACUCCUAGCCAAGGGCUUGAAGCCGUUUGUGACAUUAUUUCACUGGGACCUUCCCCAGACGUUAGAAGACGAGUAUGGUGGUUUCUUAAGCCCUGAUAUUGUGGACGAUUUUAGGGACUACGCAGAGGUUUGCUUUGGGGAAUUUGGAGAUAGAGUGAAGCACUGGAUCACAUUGAAUGAGCCAUGGUCGUAUAGCAAUGGUGGCUAUUCAGUAGGGACUUUGGCACCGUUCAGAUGCUCAGAAUGGCAAAAACUAAAUUGUACAGGUGGGGAUUCAGGGACUGAGCCUUAUUUGGCCACGCACUAUCAGCUUCUUGCUCAUGCAGCUGCUGUCAAGUUGUACAAGGACAAGUUUCAGGCAUCUCAAAAGGGUGUGAUUGGGAUAACCCUGUUAUCAUACUGGAUGGUUCCGUUUUCGGAUGCAAAGCACAACAAAAAUGCCGCCCUUCGAGCACUUGAUUUCAUGUAUGGAUGGUACAUGGAUCCCUUGACAAACGGAGAAUACCCACAUAGCAUGCAAUCACUUGUAGGGAACCGAUUACCAAAAUUCACCAAACAAGAAUCGGAUCUUGUAAAAGGAUCAUUUGACUUUCUUGGUCUCAACUACUACACUUCUAACUAUGCACACUAUUCGCCUCAUCCUAAUAAUGGUGGUGGAAGAGGAAGCUAUACAACCGACGCUCUCGCUAAUCAAACCACCGAUCGAAAUGGGAUCCCCAUUGGCGCAAAGUCUGCUUCAGAUUGGUUGUAUAUUUAUCCAAGAGGAUUUUAUGAUCUUUUGAUGUACACAAAGACAAAGUAUAACAAUCCAUUAAUUUACAUUACAGAGAAUGGCAUGGAUGAACACAAUGACCCCACAUUAUCUCUUGAGCAAGCUUUGAUUGACAACCAAAGGAUUGACUUUUACCAUCGCCAUCUUUAUCAUCUUCACAAAGCGAUCAAGGAUGGAGUAAAUGUGAAGGGAUAUUUUGCAUGGUCAUUGUUGGACAAUUUUGAAUGGGGAAUGGGUUACACUGUUAGAUUUGGUAUCAACUAUGUGGAUUAUAAAGAUCGCUUGAAAAGAUACCCAAAAAGUUCUGCCCAUUGGUUCAAGGCUUUCCUCGAAAGAUCAUAAAACAUAUAUGAUAUUCAUUUGGCUGAUACUAUCUUUCCAAUCUAUAAUUAAGCUCUUUCCUUUCUAAUUAAUUAAUUCUCUUAUAUAUACUGUAUAAUAUAUAUAUGAGCAUUAUUAUUACAUUAUUGUUUAUGGAACUUAUGUAUUAAUGAGUUGUUAUUGUGUUUCAUUGUUAUCAAUCCAUUAAUUAAUAUAUUUUAUCAGAUUGACAAUCGUAA